AUGAUGCAGUCUAUUUACAAAGCAAAUAAGAAAAUUUUAAGGUCUUUUUAUUACCAAAAGGUUCUAAUUGUUGUUAUCAGUGAUUACAGGGCAAUGGACCUGGGAGAGGGAAUGUGUAUGGUAUGUGGUGAUCGUUCGGCUGGUAAACAUUAUGGCGUGAUGGCAUGUUACGGUUGCAAGGGUUUCUUUCGACGAACCAUCCGUUCCGGACAAUCAUACACUUGUCGUUUUAUGCAGAAAUGCUCUAUUGAUAAAGAUCAACGUAAUGCCUGUCGAUUUUGCCGUUUUCAACGAUGUCUAGAAGUGGGCAUGGAACCUGAUGCAAUUCGCCCUGACCGUGACAUCAUCGGAAAACAGAAAAACCCACGGCGAAAAAAGCUGAGACGUGAAGAUAGUUUAUUACCAUCACCAGGGGCUGACUCACAUUGUUCACAACAAGAAGAUGCCUUACUUACCUACCUCCUCGACACCGAACUGCAAGCAAUGAGCUCGAUUAAACGGCUUUCGGUGGCAACACCGAUUGGAAUUGCGAGGGUUAAAGUUGAUCCAGAUUUGGAACUGAGUGGAAUUUUUCAGAAUAGAUAUGUUUUGGAUAGCGAUCGCUUCGAUAUAUGUUAUGAAGCAGGACGUACGGCGACAGUCGAACAAUUAUCUCAAGCAGUACGACGGUAUAUCGGUGCAGCGGUUGAUUGGAUUGACGCGCUGUUCUCACUCGUCAAUCUAAGUGAAUGCAAUGAAAAAGUUUUUGUGUUGAAAAGUUCAUUUGCCGCAUUUUGUGCAUUCACACAAGCUGCACGAACGGCACAAACGACAUCCGAUCCAGAUUUGUUGUGCUUGUGCAAUAGAACUGUAAUUCCGCGACAAACACCUAGACAUCUGCUUGAGAAUAACUUUUUGUCGAACAAUAUGGCUGCUCGAAUACUGGAUGAAUUGACACAACCCAUACGGAAGUUGCUACUUAAUGAAGCUGAAAUUGUCUCACUAACAGCGCUUGUUCUGUUGGAUGCCGAUGCACCAGGUUUAAGCUUGGAAACAUCGCAAACCUUAGGAGCACUACGAGAUCGCGUUCAGCAUGUAUUAUUCCAAAUGAUUCGCGAUCGUGUAAGUUCUGCGGAACAACCAAUUUCUGCUGCUAUAUCGCGUUUUGGCAAUAUACUCUUGUUACUGCCACCAUUAGCGAAAAUUUCUUCGAUUUUGUGCGAGAAUGUGCAGUUUGCUCGAAUGUUUGGUUGUCAGACGAUAGAUCCGUUGUUGAUCGAAAUAUUCGUGGAUUCACCUGGCGAAAUAAUUCCAUCACCAACAGCUAGAGAGCGUGCCGAUGUUUCUACACAAACUUUUUUGCAAGCUUCGCCACAACAGCAGACGACAUCAGCAGAUGUAGAUGACUUAAGUUCGGUUCAUCUAACACCGCCUCCGACUGCUAAUUUAUCAACGUUAUCACCUUUAUCAAUACCCAAUCCUGGGUCGGUGAUGCAUGGUCGUGUGCAACAACAGCAAGUAAUGUCUGGUAGCGGAACGUCAUCAUCACCUCAUCAACCUCAGCCGCAACGUGUUACUCCAAUCAUUGUACCGCCUGGACCCAAUACCUCAUACAAUUUUUAUUUCCCAUACUCAGGGCAAUUCUCAGUUUCAGGCACCUAUCCAAACCAUGCCCAACAGCCACCGUCUGCUUCGGCUACUGGCACCUAUGUUUCACAAGCAGGAAUAUUUGAUUCUGGUCAUUCUGCUAAUUCUGCUGAUGUCACUAAUACUUUCCGUUAUCUUUAA